AUGGGGAAUGCAGGAGGAGCAUUCGGCACGCUGAGACCCGCCGCCCUACUCCUCUCCAAAGCCCUCUUCCUCCCUCUUGCCAGCGCAAUCCCCCUCUCCCCCUUCCGCCGCGAUGUCAUCGCCACCGGCGACGACCCGGACGCUCCAAAGUCCACCGACGACCCCAACCUCUGGCUCUAUCUCGGCAUUGCAGUCGCUCUCGUGCUCCUCGGUGGAGUCUUCGCCGGCCUCACAAUAGCGUUCAUGGGACAAGAUGAGACGUAUCUGCAAGUCAUUGCUACGAGUGGCGAUGGGGCGGAGAAGAGGCAUGCGCGCAAGGUGCUGAACUUGUUGCAGAAGGGCAAGCAUUGGGUGUUGGUCACGCUGCUGUUGAGUAAUGUCAUUACCAACGAGACGCUGCCCAUUGUGCUGGACAGGAGUUUGGGUGGGGGAUGGCCGGCGGUGCUGAGUAGUACUGUCUUAAUUGUCAUCUUUGGUGAGAUUGCGCCGCAGUCCGUGUGCGUCCGCUUCGGUCUGUCAAUUGGUGCUUUCAUGGCUCCUUUCGUCCUCAUCCUCAUGUGGGUUAUGGCCCCCGUUGCAUGGCCGACAGCCAAGCUUCUCGACUGGCUGCUCGGUGAAGAUCAUGGCACAAUGUACAAGAAAGCCGGUCUCAAAACCCUCGUACAGCUACACAAGUCCUUGGGCACGACACCUGGAGAGCGACUGAUGGAGGAUGAAGUCACCAUCAUCAACAGCGUCCUCGAUCUGAAAGAGAAGCCGGUGGGCGAUAUCAUGACACCUAUGCAAGACGUCUUCAUCAUGAGCGCGGACACUGUACUCGACGAGCGAAUGAUGGACACCAUUCUCUCGCAAGGCUACUCCCGAAUCCCCAUCUACGCACCUGACAACAACCGCAACUUCAUCGGUAUGCUACUGGUGAAGAUCCUCAUCACUUACGACCCGGAAGAUGGCAAGCGUGUCCGCGACUUUGCUCUUGCUACCCUCCCCGAAACCCUCCCUCAUACAUCUUGUCUUGACAUCAUCAACUUCUUCCAGGAAGGAAAAAGCCACAUGGUGCUGGUGUCUGACUUCCCUGGCCAUGCCAAAGGUGCUCUCGGCGUAGUGACACUCGAAGAUGUCAUCGAAGAGCUCAUCGGCGAGGAGAUUGUCGAUGAGAGCGAUGUCUUCAUCGACGUGCACAAAGCGAUACGAAGAAUGGCGCCAGCUCCGUACUCAAAGUACAACAAACGUUUGACUCUCGAAACCGCAAUCGAUUCCUCCGCGGACGCCAGAGAGGAUGAGCCGUUGCUGGCGGAGACUGAUGGGGAGGAAAGCAAAUCCCCCGCCCGUCCGACUGCGAACGGUAGACAGUCCACCUUUUUGGUGCGCCGGAAAAGCAGCACGGCAUCAGAGGGAACGCGUGCCUCCGUCAAGCCGACCGGUGUCCCAGUCCGAACCAGCACGAUGGAAAUGCGAGAGCAUCUGAAACACCUCGGUCCAAGCAAUGCCGCGAGCAAACCGCGCGAGACCAAGUUCAAAUCCGUCACGAUCAAACCGGGCGUCGAUACCAUCCCAGAAGGCCUGGCGACUGCCGCUACGAGCAUUGAUGCCUCGAGAGGCCGCAGUGUCAGCCUCAACGAAACUCCAACCCGCCGCACCGAUGAACCGGUGGCAUCAGACGGCACCAAUGAAGCCGACGGCCUGCUCAGAUCCGCCGGCCGCGACGCUAGCGACGGCACGGCGGCACUGCGAGCGGGCUACGGCACAGUCACCAGCUCGACAAACGUGCCCACCAUCAAAGCCAUGAGCGCAGACGACGAGAACCCCAAGAUGAUGUCGCCCGAGGAAGCGAGCAGAGUGGCUGAAGAGAACGCGGAAACGCCCUCCACCAACUCCGCCCAGCGCGGCGAAUGGUUGAAAGUGCCCGGCAAACUCGUCGUAGGCGAUACGACCGAAGCGGACGACAGUGUGGGUGAACUGCAAGCCCCGAGUCGCGACCGGAGUCGCAGUCAUCGUCGUGGGGUGCGUAGCGGCAGCAUCACCGAGACAGAGGUGGAAAUCGGCGGGAUGAAGAAGGUUGUGCUGGGGACUACGAGCUCGAGCGACGAUGAGGCUGCUGCUGUUGUUGCUGAGCGCGCUGCCGGUGAUGUGUCGGAUGAUGGCACUGCUUCGGAUGUUACUGCGAAGGGUGGGGUGAAUGGGAGUGGGGCUGCGCAGCAUAAGAAUAAGAAGAAGAGAGGAGGCAAGAAGAAGAAGAAGCAUUGA